AUGGCCAAGUCCAAGAACCACACCACACACAACCAGUCCCGGAAAUGGCACAGAAACGGCAUCAAGAAACCCAGGUCACAAAGAUACGAAUCUCUCAAGGGGGUCGACCCCAAGUUCCUGAAGCACAACAAGAAAGGCCUGAAGAAGAUGCAGGCAAAGAAUGCAAAGGCCAUGAGUGCACGUGCGGAGGCCAUCAAGCCCCAGGUGGUGCCAAAGGGCCCCAGCCGCAAACUCACCCAUCGGGCUUUAAUUGCUCAUCCCAAGCUUGGGAAGCGGAUUAGAAGCUACAUGGCCAGGGGUCAUAGGCUCCAAAAAACAAAGCCCAAGUUUCAAGCCAAGGCAGAGGCCUCAGCUGCAGCUCAGGCUCCCAAAGGUGCCCAGGCCCCUGUGAAAGCCCCAUAA